GCGUACGGCCGCGCGUCCGAUGCGCGUGUGAGCACCGCACCGCGGCACCGCCGCUUGCCGGAAGUCGGCGACGCGCAUAAUGCUCCUGGGUGCGCCCGUUCGCUCUGCUCGGCGGCUAUUUUUCGCUUCACUGGCAAACAAAAACAAGCUCGACGAUCGCGGGCUUACGAUGAGGCGCCGCACCGCCAAAUCCUCGUUCCUUCUGCAGAUCCAUUUGGUAUACGUUCUGAACGUGUGCUUUCUUGUAGUGUUCGCGCGUUUUUUCGCCAUUGUGUUUUCUAGAUUGUACUCGAAAUUUGAAGAAGACGUGGCGCGCUUGUACACCUAAUCGGAAACACCGGGAAGUACGUGACUCAUUGGUAAUGUGUGCAACGCUGUUUCCUUCGUGUUUGACAAAAUUCGAUAUGUUACCAGUUCUCCCUUUACAUGAAGAGUUCUAUUUUAUCGACCGUAAAUAAGAAAUUGAAUCAUUCAAAAGCGACAUCGAUUGAAGGCAACCAAAUUUAACUUUUUUGAGAAAUAUACAAUGUUAAAUUAUAUUUUCAAUAUUUUAUAUACCGUUUUUUUACAAAAUUUGUUAAAUCAAAGUAUCGUCUCAAAUAUAAAACUAACUUUGAACAUUAUAUUCUGCAUAUAAGGGCUUGUGACGUAAAAACGUAGUCCUAGUGCCCUUUAUGGACAAACAAUAAAAUAGGGAUUGACUUGAAAGAGCGCAGUCCCUUAGGAUAUAUAUAAAAGAAAUUUUAAAAAAAGGGCUGCAGCUAUAUGUCACUAUAUAUAUUUAUAUAUAAUAGAACAUUUAGUUACUUCUAUAUAAAUACUACAUUCCUGCAAAACGAGAAAAUCAGUGGGUCUAAGAUUUCCUUGCUCUCUACGAGAUAAGAUGCCGGUUAUAGGUUUCUAUUUUAUCUACUACGAAUACAAAUGAUCUCCAAAAUAUCUUAGUUUUAUUAUGGACUCACAUGACAUCCAUUACUGACCGCAUUACGCGACACACGCGAGAUAUAACGGGAUGUUGGACAAUAAGUUGACGCCUUUGUGCCUUUCACUUUUGGGCGGCACGUCAGUCUUUUUCGACGCUCUUGUGCCGCGAUGGCAGGAACGAAAAGUCUGGUUUUUCCUUCUUCACUGCGUACUAUUCUGAGAUAUACGUGAUGAACGCACCUGGCACUUGAAUAAUGAUACUCGCGCAUUUAAUUAUGUAGUCUGAUCAAGAUACUAAUUGAAUUCGUAGGAGUAUAUGUUAUCUUGCGAAUUACUAGCUUUUAUCUACUUCCUGAAACUGAGAGAUCCUUGCCAAGUUCUCUGUCGAAGUCGCUGAAUGUGGAAAUGAAUGAUUUACACAAACGCAGAAGAAAAUCGUAGAAAGGAAUUGUCUAACAGUGGUGGAUGAGUCAUAAAAAUUACAUCGUAUAAAUUUUUGAAAAAACACAUUUGAAAAUGAAUGAAAAUAUGAAUGAAAGUGAAGGCAGUACAGUGCGAGUGGUGUUUAUAUCCUUGUUGCUGGAUCUUCUGGCAUUUACAAUGAUACUGCCAUUACUGCCAGCUCUACUGGAUUAUUAUAAAGAGAUAGAAAAUGGUAGUGGAUUAUACUCUACUAUUUUGAGCCACAUAAAGACCAUGCAAGUGUUCUUCGAUGCUCCAGAUAGAGUCAGCACAGUUCUUUAUGGAGGUUUUCUGGGCUCUAUGUAUUCUUUCUUGCAGUUUCUUGGAUCCCCACUGAUAGGAGCAUUGUCCGACAUUUAUGGACGAAAACCUUUGAUGCUUUUGUGCUUGACAGGCAUCUCUCUCUCGUACCUUUUAUGGGCCUUCUCCACAAAUUUUGGUAUUUUUGUACUAGCAAGAUUGGUCGGUGGUAUUAAUAAAGGAAAUAUUAGUCUGUCAAUGGCUAUCAUCAGUGACGUUACUUCUUCAAAAACAAGAGGCAAAGCAAUGGCACUUGUGGGAAUAGCUUUCUCUAUAGGCUUUGUAGUGGGACCGAUGAUCGGGGCGUUUUUCGCAUGGAUGUUGAGUGACAACAGACAAGGCACAUGGUACGUGAUGCCGGCCUUGUUUGCGCUUCUCCUUGCUUUAAGCGACUUAUUUUUUGUUGCUUAUUACCUAACGGAGAGUCUACCGUUGAAGCACAGAGCAAGCACUUUGGCGAAGGGAUUAUCCGGGGCGAUUUCAUACAUCAAUCCUAUAGAUCUCUUUCAGUUUAAGGGAGUAUCCGACUUGAGUCAACGAGACCAACGAGAUUUGAAGACACUGGGUCGCGUGUACUUCGUAUACUUGUUCAUCUACAGCGGCUUGGAAUUUACUCUGACCUUUUUAACUCAUUAUAAGUACGGAUUUACGAGCAUGCAACAAGGAUGGAUGUUCCUCGGAAUGGGAUUAAUCAUGGCGAUACUGCAGGCCGGUUGGGUACGACGUAUACAACCGCACAGAACAAAAGCAGUCACCGAACUAGGCCUGUGGCUAAUAAUUCCCGCCUUUGUGUGCAUUGGUGUCGCCACUGGUGUUCCGAUCUUGUGUGUCGGAAUUUUUCUUUUCGCAGUUUCCACGGCUAUGGUCGUUACUUGCAUAAUGACUUUGGUCACGCGUAUUGGACCUGAACAUCAAAAGGGUGUUAUUACUGGAACAUUCCGUUCUCUUGGUGCCUUAGCACGCGCUUGCGGGCCGAUUGUCGCAUCCUCAGCAUUUUGGUGCAUCGGAAGUACCACGACAUAUUUGAUCGGAGCUUUGUUUCUUACGCUACCGCCACUUAUCUUGCACAGAAUGCGUGCUUUGUGACUUCAGGCCAAUAUAGCCAAAUGGUAUUUUAUAGUGUACUUAUCUCAAAGAAUAUUUUUGUACAUUUUUAAAAUAUUUUAGAAAAAAUAGUGUAGUUCAUACGCUAUAUUUUUGACAUAUUGAUGUUAUGAAAUAAUAGUCAUUAUGUUAGAUAAUGAAUUUAGAUACUUUAUAUAUAUAUUUUUUAAUUUUUAUAUUUUUGAGAAUAUAUAUACAUAUAUUGC